AUGGCAGCCGCACUGUACAACAUGGCUCUUCGUCAGGCCUCGUCCAUUGGCUCAGACCUCACCCGCCUUGAGAGCGAACCGCCGUCAUCCUCGUCCUGCGUCGCCCUCCAAGGCCAAAUCGCAGCCUCCCUUUCAGCCUUCGCUCGAACAGUCGACGAUUACGAGAGCAUGUCGAGGCGAGAGAUGAACGAGACGAAGCGCGAUAAGGCAAUGGCUCGAGUCAAGAAGUUCAGAGAAGAUGACAAGGAGAUGCGCAGCAAUUUGGCCCGCAUCAAGAAUCGUGAUCCAGCAUCCUUCGUUCAAAGCAAUGGCAACGGCGCAUCUUCUUCCUCGUCAUCGUCAACAGCCUUUGCUUCAACUUCUGCUGCAUCAAGAAUGCCCGCCGCCAAUCUUGAGUCCCCCUUUUCCCUUCACGCCCGCAACAACACCACAGCGAUGCACAACUCCUCCCAAGGUGGUCUAUCAUCAGACCCGCUGGCAGCAUACAAGAUGAACGCAUCCACGCAAGCUAUGUUCGGAGACUCAUUGUCGGCUCGCGAGAACCAUGCUCUUCGCGAGCACUCCUUUAUUCAGAACACCGAACAGCAGCUGGACGCAUUCAUUGCGCAGGGCAAAGAGGUGUGGACCAAUCUGACAGAGCAGCGCGAUAUCCUCAAGGGGACGAGGCGUAAGCUCCUCGACGCUGCGAAUACGAUGGGGCUGAGUAGGAAUGUGAUCAACAUGAUUGAGAGGAGGUCCACACAGGAUAACGCAAUCUUCGCUGUUGGGGCUCUCUUCACUCUGGUGUGCUUUUACUACAUAUACAAAUGGUUCGGAUGAUUAUCCCCUUCCCUACUGUACAUACAGAGCUGCUGAUUUCAGUUCCUGCUGCCCAUGUCACUUUGAUACCAUCAUGCCCUCUCGCGCGCUUGUGGCACUGCCUAAUUGAGUCGAGUCCCGUGGAUGAAGAGCAGGCCUCCCUCACUCAAGGCGUGCUGCGAUCCUUCUCUCAAUCCUUUUGGCUCCUCGCCGAGAAGCUGAUGCUCUCGUCGAGGGCAAUGAGGGACUGGCGAGACAGAGCAAGAGACUGCAAAAGAGCUGCCUCUCGUAGACCUCACCGUCAGCCUCUGGAU